UCCUGCUGGCGUACCUGUUUCGAAAUUGGGCGUGGACCUUUGUGAUGUUUGAGCCCACAGGAUCGUCGUCAUGCCUCACUGUUGCCUCUUAAUUGCCUGGUUUCCAUGCUCAUCACACUCUCGCCACACGGAGAGCCUUCUUCGCAGGCCUUCUCAGGCUUUGGCAGGCCAGGCGUCGGUUUUGUCGCUGUCAUCCGGCGUGGCGGGUGCGCUGCCUCCAGGCUGGUUAGGCCAGCUCGAUUCGGGAGCGCCAUGGGAAGCCACGGACGCGCACAGGGACCAGCUAUUUUGAUCCAGCCCUUGCUCCGUCGAAGCCCCGCCAUGAUGGGAGACAUCUCAGGGCUUACCUUUGCCAUCAACGCUGACCAUCUGUCUGAAUAUCAACGGCGGGCCACCAUGAACCCCCAAGCUUCUGCUGCCACACGGCUGCAGCUCACAUCUCAACACCUUCUUAAUCUCCAUGAACCGGCCUUCGCACCUUCCCACGCAGGACCCCCAUCGGUAACACCGCAGCCAAGCACCCAAUUCGUUCCAAUGCGCUUGGGAUCCUGCAACAAACAAGCCCGAUUGCUUAGGACUAGCCGGGCCACAAACGUAGAGGAAAGUCGCCAGUCCAUCAGUCCGUCGUCUUUCACGGGACCUCCAAAACUAUGCUUGCGUUCCGCAGACAAAGCGAAGAGACAAACCAGCUUCCCCUCUGGAAAGCUCGUGGUUGCUGCUGCUGCUCUCCCGCCCCUCCUGCAGCGAAGCCGAGGCGAGAAGCUGACCUGCAUGGAUUUUGCGCUUUUGGCGCUGAAUAUUUCCACUCGCACCUCCCUCGCUCAUCUCACUGCGUCUACUAAUUCUGAAAAGGCUCAACAGUCAUGCAUCAAGGCAAACGGCCGCAAGCGAGACUGAGAACAAAUCGAUGACCACUGAUCAACUUUCGACCACCAGCCUCGUUCGAUCUGGCAGGCACUAUGGGAUAUUCCCGUCUUCUGGAAUGCUUCCGCAAUGCAAUAUAUCACACCCUGGACCCCGUACAUCGCCAUAUUAAACGUUGACGUUGACGGCCGCGGGGUACAUAGAUGAAGUACCACGAACGAGUCACCCGAUCACGGCGGUCCUGUUUGUGGUCGGGAGGCCCGAAAUGGAAAAGAAACUCAGGCCGCCUUCCCAUUUCCCCGGCACAAGCAAAU